UGCUUUAGCAACAAUGUUUUGCAUUUGUUUUUGUUUUUCUUUUCAAUUUGAAACUUAGCUAGUAAAGCACUGAUUCGAAAAAAAGAGCUAUUGCUGUAAUUAUGCUAAGAUUAUGUGGUUUUCUAAAAAGUUAUGUGUUAAGUUCUUAUAAGAACUCAGUACUAGAAACUGCUUGCUAUUUGCGUAAGGGCAAAGGAUUGUCGAAGAGAUGCCUAUCGCAAAAAGGGGUGUAUGAUGCAUCUAUUAGAGGUCCUGGUUCAAUUAAAAAAGAUGAGAGUGAAAAAAUAACACCGUUAGGAUGGUUUCUAUUGAUGAUACCAAUAACAACUUUCGGUCUGGGUUGUUGGCAAGUUAAACGUAAAUUAUGGAAGGAGCAAUUAAUAAAAGAUUUGAAGCAUCUUACCGGAAUACCACCAGUUGACUUACCUGAAGAUCUAGAUACUUUAAAGAAUAUGGAAUAUAGAGCUGUUAGAGUGCGGGGCACAUUUUUGCAUGAUAAAGAGUUAAUAAUGGGCCCACGUAGUUUUGUACGUCCCGAUGGUGCAGAAACGGCAGGAGGGUUAUUUUCACAACGAGAUGCCGGCAAUGGCUAUUGGGUUGUAACACCAUUUCAGUUAGCCGAUAGAGAUGAUAUAAUUUUAAUUAAUCGUGGCUGGAUUCCUCGCAAAUAUUUAAAACCCGAGUCACGCAAAUCGGGGCAAAUAAAGGGUGAGGUUGAACUUACUGGUGUAGUUCGUAAAGGGGAACAAAGGCCGCAAUUUACGCCCGAACAUAAAGGAGAUGUGUUUCUUUACAGAGACUUGCCGAGAAUGUGUCAACUGACUGGAGCGCAGCCAGUUUUAUUAGACGCAUCCUACCAGACAACCGUACCGGGCGGGCCCAUCGGUGGUCAAACAAGAAUUACACUACGCAACGAUCAUCUUUCUUAUUUGAUAACUUGGUACAGUUUAUCGUUAGCUACCAGCUAUCUAUGGUAUCGUAUUAUAAUUAAAAGGAAACCAUUUUAAAGCUUAUAAUCAUUUCACUUAACAGAUGACAUUUUAUUGUUUUCCACUUUAUCAUUAUUCUACGUUUAUUUACUUUGUAGAUAUGUAAAAAUAGUCCUUCUCUUAUGAUGUUUUUUGUUCUUAAUAUUCCUUUUUUUUUGUUUUUUGUUUUUUGUUUUUUUUUUGCUUGAAAUAAUUCAAAUUAAAGUCAGUAAUAUGCAAUAUAAUACUUGUGUAAAUUAUUAUUAUUUCUCCUGCGUACCAGAAACAAUAAAUGCGUACAUAUGUAUGUAUUGAAACUAA